CAUUUUUCAGGGAUGCCAAGAAAACUGAGAAGAAUUUCCUUUACAACUCUAUGGAUAUUGAUGUAGCCGCCAGUGAGGUUGGUUGCAUAAAACCACAAUAUCCAGAGUAUAAUAUAUUGGAUGACUUCGUGGCCCCAAAUCCAAGUACUUCCAGUGCUCCCAUAUUUCAUUCAUCUCCUAUUGGCAAAAAGUCCUAUGUGUGUGACCGAUUGCCGUCUAACGAAGAUGCUACUGAAUCCACAAAUAAGAAAUUACUCGAUACAAAUAUGGAAAUCAUUAACCUGUGCACGAAAAUAUUGAACAUUAUGACUACUGACAGAAAAUCUCGACAGCAAACCUACCCUCCAGCAAACGGUGACUUAACACUGGAGUUUCCGCUCGAGAAUGAAGACCAGUUAGAGAUGCUGGAAGCAUCUUUAAGAGACGAAAAGUACAAACAGCAAUAUACUGCUAAGAUGGCUAGCUGCCUUCAGAGUGAUCCAAAGUUAUCACUUAAGGUCAUGAUGCACCAUGUUAUAAAACCUGAAGUGGGUUUGAAGUUUACAUUCCAGGGGACUUUGACAAAGUCAAGCAUUGUGCCUUAUGCCUUUUAUAAAAUAAUGAGAUCUUUAAUUAUGUCGCACUUCUCCGGCCAACUAAUGACGACGAGAGAGAUUGGUUACAUGAUGGAUAGGGCCACGAAAUCGUACUUUCAUAAUUUGAAAGAUCGUGUCCAAAGGCGUAAGCGGAAGCAAGGAAUUCAGGCAAAUGAAAAAGAUACCGGGGGAUAUAACAGUGGCACUUAUGAUGCUACCAGUGGAUCGCAAUUGACGGGAUUGCAGUGACAUUGUACUACAGUUUAUAAAUACAAAAGUCUCUUAAUUGUAAAAACUGAUUUCUUUCUGAAUUGCGCGGGCGUAGGACACAGGUGAUGAUAAUAAGUAGAAGUCUUUUCGUUCUAAGGUAAAGCGAGUAAGUGCUGAAUACGGUCUGCGAAGGCUUGAAUUAGGCUGAA